UCUGCCGUCGUUCUCGUCGUCCUCGUAGUUCCGUUCAUCGUCCUUGACAUUCAUUAUUCUCUUCCCCCACGAUGCGCAUUUCGUCCGUACUCUUUGGUGUACUUGCGCUGCGCGUUGCGUCGGUGCUAGGACAAGUGACCCAGACGCUGAUCGAUGAUCUUGGACAAACGGUUGUGGAGGUUGUUACAACCGAUCCUCUUGGUUUGCUCACCACCGACACUCUCCUGACCCUCACAACCACUACAACACCUACUACCACCGCGACGACAGCGACAACCACAACGCCCGAUGUUCAACAAGGGCCGGUUGGAAUGCCUGCAACUCAACCUCCUGCGGCGGGACCUACACAAUACGUUUAUACCACCACCGACGCCCUCGGAGAAAUUAUUCAAGUAACAGACACCUUCACACCAACCUUUGCAUCAUCUGAGGGCGUCCGACCGACACUCACGGGUACCAUUCUCGACUACAGCGAAUGGCUCACCAUGGUCGGCGGAACAAGCAGUGCUGCUGUAAGACCCAAUGCUGCGGCCUCUCAGUGGGAGGUCAAUAAAUUCGUCGUUGGUGCAUUUGCAGCAACGUUGAGCGCGAUCCUUGGGGGUGCCUGGAUGGUACUCUGACCGAUACCCAUUACCACUUGAUACGUGGUAUAAUGGUUUUGGCCCAUUUGACGAUCCUGGAUGUGGAUAUAUGGACUUGAACGAAUUGGAACACUAAUGCAUGCAUCGUAAUAUCUCGGACUUUGGACUAUCACUGUCUUCAUUUUAUACACACCUCUUUGACAACUC